GACACACAUUUAUAUGAAGAUUCUUAACAAUUAUCUUUAUCGAAUACCAUACAAUCUACAAAAUCAAUACAUUAACCAAAAUAAAAGCCACACUUUUCUUAUUCUCGACAAUCCUCUUAUGCAUAUCUCUUGCAUUGAUUCAAAUUAUUCAUCUCCUUAUUGUAUGUUUGUCCGGGUUUUAAAAUACAUUUAUCAACCUCCCAAAUGCAAAAGUCAGAGUUUUUGCACUCUUUUUCAUUUCGAACAUGCCCACAAACACAUUUUUUUGAAAUCUCUGAACUUAGUAUUACACAUAACUGGUAAAACAGAAGAUAAUAGAACAUAUUUAAAUCUUUUAAUUUCUAUAAUUCUAAUUAAAUUAAGGUCAUUUAAAUAUUUCUGUAAUAUAAAUGUUAUACAUUAAUAUUAAAUAUUUUAUUCUAGUAAUGAGAGGAUGAUAUUUGACUAUUAAGACGAGUUAGAAAUUUGCUUUAUCUAGAAUUAGAAUUUUUAAUGUCAUAUUUCGUAAUUUAAGUCGAUUAAAAAGCUUUUGACAAGAGAUUACGUAAAUAUAGAAUCUCCAUUCAAGCCUACUAGCUAUAAUAUACUUUAUAGAAAGUAAAUUAAUCAUAGUAUUUUAUUACAAUAUUGUUGA